AAACGAAUGAUUUAACGUAUUUUUCAUCUCUCUUUAGCUUGACGCGGGUCGGGCUGGUGUUGUUGUUUCUGCAGUAUCUUUCUGAGAUGGGUUUCCAUCUGUCUCGACUGUUUUACUUUAUUGAUGAGAACCACCACAAAAUGUUUGAGAUGUGGUCCAUCGGGUUCGUCCUGACCCGUAUGAUCACUCUGACUCUGAUGUUCCUGGCUGUGGGCUUCGGUUUGGCUCGUUCGGAAAACCAGACACUUGAUUUGGAGGCAGGAAACUUCAACACUCUUUCUGUAAGGCUGCUGGUGUUGUUCGUGGUGUGUUUCACUCAAUCAUGGCUGCUCUGGAAGUUCUUCCGUUUCCAGCUGAGCCGGACGCGUGAGCUGAGACUGGAGCAGGCAGCCCGGAAGAGAGUGGCCGCUAAACAACAGAUGCAGCGCACUCUGAAACGCGAUUCAGGUACAUGGAUGGUAAAAUGA